AGACGACGCCCAUUUCUCACUAAACGAAACCUUCCAACACACGCGGAAAUGAGAGGACUGCAUCGGGAGUCUCUGCGGGCGCGUCGGUCGGUCCGCACAUGACGUGAACGUCCGGGCUCCUGUCCCUCUGCAACGCCGAAGAAAGGGGUCGCGACGCCCGAACGAGACCACUGACGUCCAAAGAUGAAGUGCCCAAGUUGUAACCAUACUAUUUGUGAGAAGUCCGCCAAGUUCUGCAGUGAGUGUGGCCAGAAGAUAUCAGUCCCACCUGCAAACACACAAGAUACAAGCGAUCAGCCCAAGCACUUGGUAGGAGACUCGAAAGGUGCAGCUGAGAAAUCUCUUUCUCGAGAAAACCACCCACCUGCAUCCUCCAAACAACCAAAUGAUGUGACCAACAUCAACACAAAGAAAAAGAAAAAACACAAGAAAAAGAAAAAGAAGAAGAAAGAUGACAUCUUGUCAUCAGACCUGUCCCAUCUCUCCCUGGAAGACACCCAGGGGAAGAAGACGCAGAGUGUGAGAGACUCUUCUGACAGCGAAAGCUCAGAUAAUGCAAAGGAUGAAACACUAGACUCUCUGCAAGAUGGACCCGCCUCACUGGAGAGCCAGCCUGGUUCCCUAACCGCUAACAUUCCCUCUGCACCAUCUGAAGACACACAAGUGGUCCAGAGUGAAACAUCUGCUGCAGCAGUAGAAGCAAGACCUGCCACGCAUCCUCCGGGUAACCCUGACGAUGAGGAGGAGAGCAAUCCACCCAAAUCAACUCGGGACCAGAAACUCAAGACUGGAGCAGCUGACACUCCGACACCCAUCUCAGAAGACGGCAAGAGUGCCGCUUCUCAGUCCGCUUCAUCCAAAGGGACGAAGUCCACCGACCCUCCGGAACAAGAGACUGACAAGAAAAAGUCCAAGAACAAGAAAGACACGACCGCCACGAAACAAUCCUCACUGGACCAGAAUGCCAACGUGGAGCAACCUGCGAAACAGAAAGGACAAAUCAAACCCAAGGAAAAGAGUCAGCAGGACCAGACACAGAAAGACGCUGUGGCAGCUGAUCAAAACAUGGUUUUUGGUCCUGAAAAACCACCAAAGGCUGACGGCACCGGCUCCAGUGUGGACCCAGAGGGCACAGUGGAGCACACGGGGGGUCAGCAGUCUGGCAGCGAGCAGGACUCGACUGCAGCACAAGACGCCGACAAGGGAAGUAAAGACGGCAGCAGGAAGACCAGCAGCCCAGCUGCCCCGACACCCAAAAAGCCGACCAGGAACCAGAACAUCGACGCAAGUGACAGACUCACGAUUUACUUCCAUGCAGUUCUGUCCAAGGACUUCAAAUUUGUUCCAAAUGAAGAUCGCAUUUUCAUCCGAGCCGGGAAAGUCCUCGGAACUUGGGAAGAGAAUGCCGUUGAGCUGUCGGUGACCAAGGAUUGUGCAGACCAUGGUUUUCUGGUCGAGGGCAGUCUGCAAACAAGCAAAAUGAAGGCUCAGUCUGAGUCGAUACCAUACAAAUAUGUCGUCUAUAACCUUAAAAAGGGAAAAUAUGAGUAUGAGUACAUAUACAAACUGGAUUCUACACAUCACACCACCAACAGAUGCUUGUUUGUGAAACCCCAUCUCGUCAAUGUCGAUGGGGACUGGCAUCAAUACGAUGACAUCGUCUGUGCAGAGCCAUCAAAGAACGUGCUCAAACGCAUUAAAGAAACAAUCUGGCCUGAACAAAGGAAGAAUCUGAUUGCAGGCAGAGGGAUUGCUGGGAAUAUAAUGCUGGAGUCCAUAUUUGAUCAUCUCCGGAGCUGGACGGAUACCAACUUGACAAGUUUUCUGAUCCAGCUGAAUCAGUUCUGUCAGGUCUAUGGGGAGCCUUUUGUGUACGAAGAAAAACAAAAGAAAUGGGGCUCUUUAAACUAUGGAGAAGAAGAUGUGAAGCAGAUGAUAAAGGAAUUCAUGCUGAGAAAGGUGAUUCCUCAGUUGCUGAAGGAUGGAGAUGGGAAGAUGCUCUACAUGGAGGAUCCCAUUAGAGCGGCCGUGAUCAUGCUCUCUGUGUGGAGAAAGCUCCGAUUUCGACUGGACAGUGCUGAGUACCAUCGGCUCUGCAGUGCGCUCUGUUUACCCAAACUAGACAAAGAUGACUUCCUCCAGUAUUGGACAAAGUUUUCUCAGGAUGUCGCUACCCUCAAAAAUCUGCCAGAAAUAUUGGUGACUCUGAUCGGCUAUGUGAGAACAGAGGGAAUGACGAGAUGGAUUCUGGUACUACCGCUCCUCCACCUCCUCAAAGGCACCACAAAGCCCUUUGAAGCAGCAACCUUAGGAAACUCAAGUAUUUUAUCCUGGGCAGGUUUGCAAGGCCUUGGAAUCACUUCCUCUACGUACAUGAACAGUCAAGAUAGGAAGGGAUUGGUGAAUGUGGUGAAAAGCCACAGUUACUUGAUGGAAGUGGAUGCACUUUUAGUGCGAUCCUGCUUGUUCUUGAUGCCAUUAGACGGCCUGAUGGACUGCGUCCUUAACGUCAACACAGAGCUUUUGGACAUGCUUCAUGUGUUCACCAGCAAGGCUCCCCAAGACUUCUCCUACAGUAGCUUUCAGACGGCAUCUGACAUUCUCUCACAUAUCCAAGGACAACUGAUUGAGGAAAAAUACAGUCCUUUCACCGCGGCUUAUAGGCGAGAGUGCCUCGCAACAGCAGUGCAACUGUUAGUGAAGCUCUGCAAUGGAGUCAAACCGCCAUCGUACGGCCAAAACUACCUUGAUAUUCCGGUAGCUUGUGUGAAUCUGGUCGCAUCAGUGUCAGACUUUGUUCACUGUAACAAACAGCAGGAGACUCAAGAAGAAGAAAGAGAGCAGAAAUAUGCAAAAGACGCGGAGAUCUCUGAGGCAAAGAACACUAUGAGAAACUGGAUCAGCCGGUGCUUCAAGCAGGCUUUGCUGAACAGGGGUGUGUUGUCCAUGUUACGAGUUGAGGCCACAUCGGAGAUCGAGAUGUGGAAUAACGUAAUCUCCAUCCGCUUCAAAGACGAGGAUUGCACAAAAGAAUGGCGGCAGACGUUCACAAUGGAUUUUGAGGGCAAGUACAAGCAGGAAUCUGCUGGGCAUCAAAUUGAAUUCUACUGCUCAAAGAUGGAGGAGCUCAAUGAAUCCCAUCCGCACGUCGCUGCUAGUAUUGAGAGAUGUGCUCUUGAGGCUGUUACGUCGUUGUGCCAGAACAAGUCUGAGGGAAAGGUGUUUGAGAAGUACAAGGUGAACUGGAAGUUCGGGAAACUCAUCUCGGCCAUUAUCCAGAAGUCCUGGCCAAAGGACAGUCGAGGAAACUUUCAGGAAGAUGAAGAAUUGGUCCUUCAGCAUCUGCUCUCCUGGACGGCCGCCAAAGAGUAUUUCCAACUGCACGGCGCAGACGAAAAGCUGAUCAAGAUGCUCACCCAAGAUGCCAGGGAUAGAACAGCCAAAGCCAUAUCAUCAUUCUCAGCCAUCGUCAAUCAGCUGGUCAACGGGGACAUUAGGACCAGCCUGCUCAAUAUUGUUUUGGAGAAAAAGAAUUCCUUCUUGGAGCUGCUGAAGAUUGAUUGCCUCUCUGAGAAUGAACAAUACCAGGAUAAUGCCAAAAUGAGGAGGCUGUUACAGUGCAGACGGGACGAGUUGAACGCUGUGUACCACGAGAAGGAGCUCGUGGACGUCCUCUUAACAAUGAGCAACAUACUUGGGGUCUAUAUGACAGUUAAUCUUGGCGACAUGCAAAAGAGACAGCAGGUGAACAUCGAGGUCAUGCCCCUGAACCAUUUCAUGGAGGUCCAUCCAUUUGAACAGCUGCCCUCUCCCCUGGCUGGUGUGGUCACAUACUUUGACUUGGAUGAAGAAGUCAGAAACAUGGCGGAUGUCCUGUCCACCUUUAAAGACAGCCAUAUAUUCAAUGUGUGUUGGGAGAAUAAAGCCAAACUCAUGGUCGCUGCAGCAAUGGAAGAGGACUAUAAUCCAGACGAAGUGGCGAACAUUUCGGCCACACCAGAGAUGAUACAUGAUGACAUUUUCGAGCCGUGCUUUGCUGACUACAAAGACCUCUACACUCGUCUGAAGAAUUGCAGUAUCAGGCUCGAGGAGGUAAACCAGCUCUUCAGAGAUUACAAGGGAAAGUACGAAGAGCUCGCACAGGACCUGGACGUCAUGUGCAGAGUCGAUAAAUCCACCGACAAACAGUGGAUCCACAGCCGGGUUCAACAGAUCGAGCAGUACCACGAGCUUCAUCUGGCUGUGGCUUCGGCUCAAAUUAUCAUGAAGGUCAAAGACACGCUUCAUCUUCAAGGGGACUUCAGGGUUUUGGAGACGCUCACAGAAGUUAAUCAUGCAGACUUUCAGACAGAGCCGCUCAAUAGGAUCGACAACGACUUGAUGCAGGCAAAGAUGGCCCUGGUGGACAUCACUGAGCCCCGCAGGCAGUGCCUCCAGGAGCUGGGACUCAGAGGACACUUUGUAAAAUGGGUAAAAGAUGCACUUGAAGACAUCAAUGAGUUGAAGGUGUUUGUCGACCUGGCUUCAAUCUCUGCGGGAGAGAAUGACAUGGACGUGGAUCGCGUCGCUUGCUUCCAUGACGCUGUCCUCGGCUACUCUUCAAUGCUGUACGAGCUCAAACCAGACUCCGGUUUUCAUGUCUUCAAAGAGGUCCUCAAGAAGCUCUGGGGAGCUUUGAAGAAUGACAGCAACCUACCCAAAAAACUACGGGACAGUGCACGUCAUCUGGAAUGGCUGAAGACGGUGAAGGACAGUCACGGGUCAGUGGAGCUGUCAUCGCUCUCUUUAGCAUCAGCCAUCAACAGCAAGGGCAUCUACCUGAUCAGUGCACAAGGUGUCAAAAAGUUGAGCCUCGACACUGCCCUGAAGCUGCAGAUUCCAGAGGAGCACGAUGAGGGUCAGCAGAUGCGCUGCUAUUCUCUUGAGGACCUGCGGGAGCUGCAGAACAAACUCAUGCUGAUGUCUGGGAAAGGGGAUCAGGGGCAGAAUGAAGUCGAUCACUUCGCAGAGGUUUUCGCCAGUGUUCAAAGACUUGCUGAAGCAUUCAUUGCCCUCUACACUGCUGGGAACCCUCUGUUCAGACACUGGGAAGCUCAUAUCAACUGCAGUCCAAGCAGUGAGGAACCCAGCAUUAGGAUGGACUUCAACCUGGGCAGUGUUCUCAGUGUUCUUCUUGUGGAGGGCAGCAUAGAGGAGCAGCUUCCUGAGUUCUGCAGGAAAAUGGAGAAGUGCCUGCACUUUUGGAGGGAUUUUGUGGACAAACAGAGGUCCCAGCAUUACUAUCUGAACUACUAUACAGCUGAACAGAUUGUCUACCUCUGCGGCAAGCUGACUCAGGAAAAUGUGAACGAUAUGGAGGACCAAGUUCUCAUGAUGCUCUCCUUUGUCAAGCCAAAUUGUACAGCCUCCGAUUUGAGGCAGGUCUGGCAUGCCCUCCAGUAUGAGAUCCUCACCAAACCACAUGAGCAAAAUGAAGACAUUGAGUUCCAGACCUUUGUAAUGGUGCCAGGAAGUGAGCUGGGAGACCCAGACUCCACAAGCGAGUUGGAUCCUCUGCUAAGUCUUGUGGAACAAGCAAACAGUUCGCAAAAAUUUGAUCUGAUGUGGAACGCUUACAUGAAGGACAAGAAGAAUUAUCUUCCGCACAUUCUUGAUAUACACAGUCUCGGAAGACUUUUGGAAAUCCUGGCUAACACAGAAGAUGAGAGCGAAGAAGACAUUUCUGACGAUAACAAUCGGGAUUUCAUAAUGAGGCUGCUACCCAAAGGCCUGUCUACUGGGAAUCCAAACCUUAUUGUGUGCCCGCACGAUGAGGUCUUGACAUCUUGCAUCUCUGUUUACAUGAAUAGCGGCGGUGAGACUCUUCCCACAUAUGAUGAAGUCCUCCUGUGCAACUCCUCCACACCAUAUGAACAGGUGGAACUAUUCCUCAGACGCUGUCUCGGCACAGGCUACGGGGGACAGAAGAUAUACUGUCUCCUGUAUGGAGAUUUGCUCACUUAUGACGUGAGCUCUAAAGUCGAGAACUUUUUUCAGCGAAUGAAAAUGCAGAGUAGGAAAGACUACAGACUUGUUAUCAUCUGCAGCUCGGAAAGAGAACAUGCCUACCUUCCUUCAGCCUUCAGCCAGUACAGAUUACACAUGGUUCCCCAGGAGCCAUUGGCAAGGAUCCAGCGGUACCUCCACAAACACUACGUUGUGCCAGAAGACCAAUGCAGUGCUGCGGCCGCAUUCAAAGACCGACUGUGCGUUGGUGUCGUCUCAUCCAAAAGGGCUGGUGUUGGUAAAUCUCUGUACGUCGAAAGGCUGUAUAAGAAACUUAAGCGCUCAACCAAAAAGCCGGCAAUGAUGAAAUGCAUUCGCUUGGUUGAACCGAAUGUUGACGAGACUGUCAUCCUUCAAUCUCUGUUGAACACCCCGAAGGGGAAAGGGCUUACGAUGUUCCAUUUUGACAUCACAUCAGUGGUGCAGAGAGGUCUCGACGAGUUUCUUUUCAAAUUGUUGAUUCUGCGCUAUUUGAUGGACUCGGAGGGGAAGACUUGGAAGUGCAGCGACAAGCAGCUGUAUGUCAUAGAGAUUUUGGAGCCGACUGUCUUGUCAACCAGAAAUGCUUCACGGCAGGCUCAAACUGUGAACGGCACAUUCAUGGAUGUGUUUCCUAAUAUUUUCUGCCGACCACCCAAAGAGGUGCUAAUGCUAGAGACGAGGAAGCAAGAAGAUCCUACCAUUGUAAGCACUGACGACCCACUGAUGGAUGAUGAAGAAUUCAAGAGUGCAGCCUUUCAACGACCAUAUCAGUAUCUCACACGGUUUCAUAACCACAAUGAUCUUGACGUGUUCAGAUAUCAGGAUGUUGAAGGGUCACAUGUGGAAUGUCUUCAGAUGCUUCUCAUGUUCUGUGGAAUGAUGGACCCAUCCUGGGCAGAACUGAGGAAUUUUGCAUGGUUCCUUAACCUUCAGCUGAAAGACUGUGAGACAUCUGUUUUUUGUGAUGCCACGUUCACUGGAGAUACGCUGACUGGAUUCAAAACCUUUGUGGUGGACUUCAUGAUUCUGAUGGCAAAGGACUUUGCCACUCCAUCACUCAGCAUCUCUGACCAGAGUCCUGGCAUACUCCAGAUGGACUUGACUGGUGUCCAAGAUGAAGACUUGGCUCCUUUUCUGAUCAGAAAGAGAUGGGAAACAGAACCACAUCCAUACAUCUUCUUUAACGAUGACCAUGUGUCCAUGACCUUCAUCGGUUUCCAUCUUGUGCCCAAUGAACAGAACUCUGUUGAUGCCAUUGAGCCCACCUCUGGAAGGGUGAUAAAAAAGAACGUCAUGACAAUGGUAUUGUAUGAAGGCCUAAAGCUUCAGAGAGUCCCUUUCAACAUCAAUUUUGAUUUCCUUCCAAGAGGAGAAAAAAUUGAAAGAAUCUGCAACGUUCUUGGUAUCCAGUGGCCUCUUGAUCCAGAUGAAACGUAUGAGCUUACAACUGACAACAUACUUAAGAUGAUGGCAAUCCAUAUGCGAUUCAGAUGUGGCAUCCCUGUCAUUAUUAUGGGAGAGACCGGGUGUGGCAAGACGAGGCUCAUAAAAUUCCUUUGUGAGUUGCGGAGGAGUGGAGUGGCCACUGAGAACAUGAAACUGGUCAAGGUGCAUGGAGGGACAACUUCGAAGAUGAUUUACACCAAAGUUAGAGAAGCAGAAGUAAUUGCUUCUAUUAACAAGGAAGACUAUGGAUUUGACUCGGUUCUCUUCUUUGAUGAGGCCAACACCACCGAGGCCAUCAGCAGCAUUAAGGAGGUCCUCUGUGACAAGACAGUUAAGGGAGAAGGCUUGACACCAAACUGUGGGUUACAGGUUAUCGCAGCAUGCAACCCUUACAGAAAGCACACAGAUAAGAUGAUUUGGAGGUUAGAAUCUGCCGGCCUUGGGUACAGAGUUGGAGCUGAAGAGACCGAUGAAAAGCUUGGGUCUAUUCCUCUCCGCCAGUUAGUCUAUAGAGUUCAAGCGUUGCCACCAAGUAUGAUCCCUCUGGUGUGGGACUUUGGACAGUUAAAUGAUGACACGGAGAAAAUAUACAUCCAGCAGAUUGUGCAAAGAGUGGUUGAACACAAUGACAUCGAUCAAACUUACAUCGAGUGGAUCACAGAUGUCCUUUCAGCUUCACAGAAGUACAUGCGGACAAGAAAGAAUGAAUGCAGCUUUGUCAGCUUGAGAGAUGUGGAACGCUGCAUGCAGUCUUUUGUCUGGUUCAUCGACAACCACGUCAUGAUGUUUGCAGAGCUGGACAAAUUUGAGAGUAAUCAAAAAGCUGAGAGGAAUGAAAGGCAUUGCAGACACCCUGACGGCAGAGACCCAGUGCUCUGGUCUCUAGUCAUGGCCAUAGGAGUGUGCUAUCAUGCCUGCCUAGAAAAAAAGGAUAAAUACAGACAGAAAAUCAGCAAAAGCCUACCACCAGCAUACACCCCAGCAAAGAUAAUGCAGGAAAUCUCACUCAUGCAGGAUUUACUUCUGAAUGGUGUUCCAAUGGGGGAUACUAUUGCAAGAAACAGUGCCCUCAAAGAGAAUGUCUUCAUGAUGGUUAUCUGCAUUGAGCUAAGAAUCCCUCUGUUCUUAGUUGGAAAACCUGGAAGUUCAAAAUCUCUUUCCAAAACCUUGGUGGCAGAUGCAAUGCAGGGCCAAGCUGCUCAUUCUGAUCUCUUCAAAAAGCUCAAACAAAUCCACUUGGUGUCCUUCCAGUGCAGCCCUCACUCAACUCCAGAAGGCAUCAUUAAUACAUUCAGGCAAUGCGGACGCUUUCAGGAAGGAAAGAACCUGGACGAGUACAUUUCAGUGGUGGUUCUCGAUGAGAUCGGGCUGGCUGAGGACUCUCCAAAGAUGCCACUGAAAACCCUUCAUCCACUCCUAGAAGAGGGAUGCAUUGAUGAUGAACCACAACCUCACAAAAAGGUUGGAUUCAUUGGCAUCUCCAACUGGGCUUUAGACCCUGCAAAGAUGAACAGAGGCAUUUUUGUCUCGCGCGGUGACCCUGAUGAGAGGGAACUUGUUGAGAGUGCUAAAGGCAUAUGCAAUUCUGACGCAAUGGUUUUGGAGAAGGUCCGGGAUUUCUUCCAACCCUUUGCAAAAGCCUACUUGAGCAUCUGUCACAAACAAGGCAAAGGCUUUUUUGGUCUACGUGACUAUUACAGCUUGAUUAAAAUGAUUUUUGCUGUGGCCAAGGCUUCUCAAAGGAAGCCCACUGCCGAAGAAAUCUUGAAGGCAGUGUUGCGAAAUUUCAGUGGAAGGGAUGAUGUGGAUGCAGUUACCGUCUUCACUACAAGUCUGAACAUUGCACCCAACGUAGAGAACAUCAAUGCCAUUGAGUUUGUGAGAGAAAACAUUCAGGCAGUUGGCCAAGAAGAAGAAUGUCGGUACCUGCUGGUGCUAACAAAAAACUAUGCAGCCCUACAGAUCCUGCAGCAAACAUUCUUUUCCGAAAGUGGCCAGCCAGAAAUAAUCUUUGGAUCCAGUUUCCCGAAAGACCAAGAGUAUACCCAAAUAUGCCGCAACAUCAAUCGAGUAAAGAUCUGCAUGGAGACGGGUCAAAUAGUUGUUCUCCUCAACUUGCAGAACCUCUAUGAAAGUCUCUACGAUGCCCUCAACCAAUACUAUGUCUGCUUGGGUGGACAGAAAUAUGUGGACCUUGGACUGGGAACCCAUCGAGUGAAAUGCAGAGUGCACAAAAACUUCCGGCUAAUUGUCAUUGAGGAAAGAGAGGUGGUCUACAAACAGUUCCCAAUACCUCUCAUCAACAGGUUGGAGAAACACUACCUGGACAUCCACACUGUCCUUAAAAGUGAGCAGAAGACAAUGGUGGAUGAUUUGGAAAAAUGGUUGAGACUUUUUGUGCGUCUCAGCAGUCAACAUGCAGCAGUGGCUCGGACUUACACGUACCAACCGCCAGAUGUCUUCAUCGGCUACCACUCAGACACAUGUGCUUCUGUGGUACUUCAAGUAAUAGAGAAGCAGAAGGACAGCAUGGAGAUGUCAGAUCCUGAGAGGAGAAUACUGGAUGAGGCUAAACUCAUACUGCUCAGAUGCGCCACACCGGACUCCGUUGUGCGGUUGGACUGCACAGGCCUUCCCAAAGUGGAGAGUGAAAAUCUGGCCAGAAUCUACUUUGAAGAGCAGAAGACCAGCUGUUUAGCUGACUUCAUUCUUGCUCACACGAUGCAGGAAGCCCACUGCUACUCCUCCUUCACAGAGGUGACAACAUUCUCCAGACUUCUGACAGCAUCUGACCUGGAACCACAAGAGCAAGUGUUGCAUAGUGUUGAGCUUCUCUCACUCCAGCAGUUUGACACAGAGCACUCAUACCUGAAAAAGAUCAGGAACUUCCUCACUGCUGAAAAAGGAAGAAGUAACACCGAACCCUGCAACAAGAUCCUCCUUAUUCAGUGUGAUUUUGAUGAAGCCUCUCACAGUGCCAAUCUCAUUGCAUCUGCAAAGUAUUCAUCCAUAAAUGAAAUCAACAAGAUGACUCAGGAGAGCACAGGAAGCAGGGUGUUUGUCUACUUCAUCACCAGACUGCCAAGAGUGGAAGGCGGGACCUCCUACGUCGGCUUUCAUGGAGGCCCCUGGAGAUCGGUUCACAUUGAUGACCUCAGACGGUCAAAAGACAUUGUCUCAGACAUCAAAGCCUUGCAGAGCAUGACAAUCAGUCAAUUGUUUGAAACAAAGAUGAGUCUCGAGUCCGAAGCCAUGGAGCAUGACGACUUGUACACUGAGAAUGAGCAGGAGGAAGCCGAGUCAAAGGAAAAUGGCUGCGAUAACGUUGUGGACACGACGGCACUGGUGCGAAGCUGUGUGCAGAGUGCAGUCGGCAUGCUGAGGGACCAGGUGGAAAGUGGCCUUCGCAGUACUCAGAGAGUUGAGAUCCUGCUGUCGCUCCUCAGUGACGGCGAUGAAGUCAAAGCUGAAUUUCUGCAAACUGUGAAGAGGCAUCUUCAUUCAUUGCUGGCGACUCGUGAUGGCAACACCUUCUCAUCCAUCAAAAGCAACUGGGUCAUUAAGGAGGCCUCGAACAUUGACGCCUUGCAAGAAGGAGGCACCUUCAGGCACACUUUAUGGAAGCGUGUUCGGGCUGUAGUCGUCCCCAUCUUGGCACAACUGCUUUCAGUCAUCGACCGCGACCAAAACUUGGACAUUCUUCUUGAUGGAAACUGUGGUGAAUUUGUCAAGAGGCUGUGGUUGGAUAUCUUUGGCAAUGAUAAGCUGCUGGAAAUCCCACACCUGGACCACAACUCUGAGACGAGAACAAUCCUUGUACAGAACUACAUUGCUCAAGGCAGGAACGUGAGCUGCAGCAUGCCCUUCAGUUGGAGGAUCAAGGACUACCUGGAGGAACUCUGGGUUCAUGCGUUUCAACAUGAAGGCCACACUCAACGAGAGUUUGAUGAGAUAUUUUGGAAGACACCACUGGGACGAUACAUUGCGAAAGCAGACCGAGAGAUGCAGAUCGAGUUUUUCCAACGCUACCUUCAGGAUUUCAUCGCCAUGACAAUGAACAUAACUUGCCCGGAAGAUCUGCAGUUCCUGUGUGGUGCCCUGAACUGUUGCGUCAAUGAGCUGCGAUUGCAUCACAGUGCCACGGAUACGGCAAUGUCUCUUCCAUGGGUCCAUGCUGCUUAUCAUGGGUUCAAGAACAGGCUGCAGAACCUCUCCAGAAUGAUCUGCAUUGAGCCCCAGGUGACCCAGCACCUCUUGAGGAAUCAUCAUACUCGAGAUGGGGUUGAACUGGUGCUCGAUGUGUAUGCUGCUGUUGCAUGUGUAGAGUACCUGGAGCCGAGACUCCUGGACACAGAAGCCCAAAGACGAGCCUGGCUCAGACGGGUCAAGAAACUCCAGGUUCCCAUUGAGUUGAUCUGCUCAGAUGACAGCGUGAGACGCUACGGAGAGAGGAGCAAGGUGAUCGUCUGUCGAGUCCAAGCUGGAUGGAAUCGGAUAUUCUCUCUCUCUCUAUUUGUGGAACACAUAUUGUUGGGCAUUGAGCAGGUGGAGAAGAAGCUGACACCUGUAGUUUUGGCACACACAAAACGGCUUUGCCAGAUACUGGAAACAAAUUCAGACCUCAAAACAAAGCAGUCGUUUGAGGCAGUAAUUGAUUUGCUCAAAACCUGCAAAGACGAAGCCAUCGAGUGCAUCUUCAGGUUUGGUCUUACGCUGUGCCCAGUGUGUAUGGGAGACCCCCGAGAUCCGCUCUGCCUGCCAUGUGAUCACAUCUACUGUGUAGCCUGUAUCAAACAGUGGUUGGUCCCUGGUCAGAUGUACUGUCCCCUCUGCAUGCAGCCAGUGAACGAAGGCUUCCCCAUGGUCCCUUCAGAUACCAUAAGGACUCUCAUCGACCAACAUGCUCGCUUCAGGAAGCAGUGCAAUGCUUUCUUCAUUGACCUGGUGUCCACUGUGUGCUUCAAGGACAACUCUCCGCCUUGUUCAGCCGUCAUUCUCCAUUUGUUGUCCUUUCUCAUGGUUGAGGUCAACACUGUUCCCAUUCUCAGAGUUAAUCGACAAAUUCUGACAAAGGUGCUCUCCCCGUUUGAUGACUCUGUGGAUAAAAAUCCAGUGGUUCGGUCAGUGGUGCUCAAACUCCUGCUGAAGUACAGCUUCGAUGAAGUUAAAGAUUACCUACAGCAGCAUCUGGUGGCAGUUGAGCAGAGCAACCUCUUGGAAGAGACGGACAAAACUGAACUCUACUUGUUGUACAUCAACUGCCUGGAGGAUUCCAUGUUUGAAAGGUUUCAGUUCAGGUCCAUUGCGUGCCAACGGAGGGGUCUGCAGGAUGAAGGUUCCUUCCUGACAGACUACCUGCAAUCACAUGGUCAGUCUGCUGAAACGGCCACUGUGGAGUAUCUGCAGCAGGUUGCCAGAGUGCGCAUGGACCUGGAUAUGGCUGCAAGCCACAUCACAAAGAAACUCAGAGGCACAGCAGAGUCUCAGGAGACUCAAAGUGGAACCACGGCCUUCCUGACCAGUGCGGAGAAUUUGUGCAGGCGCAGUGGAAACGACUGGUAUCGCGUCUACUUGAUCCGCAAGAUCUGCAGCCAACAUGGAGUGGAGUUUGUCCUGAAACUCCUCAAAGUGGACGCGAUGCGCUGGCUCUUCCCCGAAGAAGUGCUGCAAAAGAGUGAGGAAGUUACUCCAAUAGACCCGUACCUUGUGUGUGGGAAAGACUACAAGACCAUCAGAAAUGCCGUCGCAAAGGGAGUUAUGGAGGGCAAAGUGAACGGGCUGGACGAGAUUUGUGAGGGGUGCAGAUGCUUGCCACAGCAUACAGCAGUUUAUCUUCUGUUGGCACUCUACAGAGAAGUCACCACUCUCUACAGAGAAGCCAAUGCGAGCUUCCAUCCCAAGCCCGAGCAAUUGGAAGCCUUGACGACCUACAUCCAGAACUCCAAAUUCCUUACCAGUCCACAGAUGAAGGCCUUUGCAAGAGCGUUGGUGACCAACCAACUCCAGUUGUUGGCGGUUCGUCCCGGGGCCUCUGGUGCCCAAUCUGUGCUGGUGGACUUGACCAUUCACCUGGCUGCUGUCAUGCUCUGCAGGAACCAGGGGAUGUUUGCUCCCCUGCAGCAGCUGGCAAUGGACCCUGCUAACAUGCAGGCAGCCUUCUUGCCUACCAUGCCAGAGGACAUGUUAGUAGUGGCUCAACAAGCUAUGGGACCGGUAACGUGGUACUAUUGUCCGAAUGGUCACCCCUGCACCAUUGGAGAGUGCGGCCAGCCCAUGCAAAAAGGUCUUUGUCUGGACUGCCGUGCUGAAAUUGGAGGAGAAAACCACUUGCCUGUGAAGGGAUUUCAAGUUGGUCAGCUAAAGAGAGACCGUACUCAGACAGGCCACAUCCUCGGCAACCCCAGUCGCAGGGACAAUCCAGACAUGCUGGACACAAAGAGCAUCUCCCUUGUUCCCUUCACCAUGCUCCGCAUGCUAACUCACAUGGCCAUGUGGUUGGGUGCCUGCAAUCACCCACAGCUUAUCUCUGCCAUCAUCAAGCCUCCAGUCGCUGACCCGGGUGCAUUUCUACUUGCUCACUUGCAAGAGGACAUGAAACAUCUGAUCAGAUCCCUGGGCAAGGGGACAGACGACACCGUCAGCGCCGUCCACCUGCUCAUCAGCAGCCUCCUAGAGCCCAAACAGCCUCUAACAUGGCCCGUUCCUUAUGACAAUGUGCUCUCCACCAAAGAAGCUAGAAAUGGAUGGGAGAUGGAAGUGAGCAACGUCGUCAUCGCACCGCAGCUGAAGCACUUGGACAGACAGCUGAAGGACGUGAACGCGUUCGUCCGGGCUGAUUCUCGCAUCUCAGCCAACCCGAUCAUGAAGCUCAUGUUUGGCGAUCCGCGUCUCUUCUUGGCCUCGCUUCCCCAGAAUUCUGUGAUCCACGGUCCUGCCGUGUGGAGCUGCAGGCAGAAGGUGUCUCUGCUGAGCCUCACCCACAUUGUGGAGCAGAAUGAUGGCAAAGAGACCGUGCCGGUGCUCUGGAGAUUUCUGCAUAGGGAAGCAGAGUUCCGAAUGGUGAAGCACCUUCCCGAUAUCCUCACGCUCCAGAGAGAUCUGGUCAAGAAGUUUCAAAACAUCACGGAGCUGACUUGUGGCACCAUUGCCGAAUUCCUCCACGGACAGAAAGCAGUUUCACUAAAAGCCUGGUAUGAUAAAUACAUCCAAAUCUUCCUGACAACAUGGAAUCAGCUCCGAGUGUCUUUGGCCACCAACGGUGAAAUCAAGAUCCCGGUCGAGUUCUGCCAAAAGGACCUGGACCGCAACAGUGACUUGAAGGUGCUGUUACCACGGCGACAAGGCCCGGGCCUGUGCUCUACAGCCCUCGUCAGCUACCUCAUCGCGCUGCACAACGACUUGGUGUACUGUGUGGAUAAGCACACCGGAGAGGAGACCAGCUACAAAGUGAGCCCUGCAGAUCUGACUGACCUGCAUGUGAUUCGGUAUGAGCUGGAGAGGGACCUGAUGCCCCUGGUUGUGUCCAACACCCAGUACAGCAUUGAGAGAGGCCAGGAGACUCUUCACGAGUACGACUUGCCCAAGAUCCAGCAGCAGAUCGUCUCCCGCUUCUUGCAGGGAAAACCUCUCAUCACUCUCGCUGGCAUCCCUACGCUAGUGAACAGACAUGACCGCAACUAUGAGAUCAUCCUGAAAGAUGUAAAAGCAAAAGUCCAGCAAGAGCCUCUUCAGACUCUCACCCUGUCUGCCGUGGCUGGGGAGCUGCACUCCUACAGUGAGGUGUGUGAGGCCUUGUCCACGCUGGAAGUGGCCCUGGGUUUUCUCGCCAUGACCGGGGGAGAGCCUCUCAUGCAGCUGUCCUGCUACCUGGAGGAGGUGCUGCAGAUGGGAAACCAGAUGGCUGCGCACAUCCUCAAGGCCCUAAGCAUGUGCUGUCUUAAGCAUUGCGUUGCUCUGUGGCAGCUGCUGGUCUCACUCAAAUCAGAAAAUAUGCUGCGACUCAAGAGGGAUCCAUUUGUGGAGGUCUCGGAGACCUACAAGCGGGCCCUGGGUGAGGACGAGCAGCGGCUGCUGACGGGCUUCUUUUCUAAGAGCAGCGCUGACAACUUCCUGCUGGAGAUGCACGAGUUCCUGUUGCUGGUUCUUAAAAAGCCCAAUGCACCUGACACCUACAGGCAUGACUGGAGCCUGAAAGUCACACUGGUGUCUUACAUGGAGCGCAAAGACCUGGACGCCCCGCCUGACGUGGAGGAGCUCUUCCCAGAGGAGAUCCACCUCUCCCAGUAUGUCGAAGCCUGGAAGUUCAGUAUGGCCUUCAAGCAGGAGCGGGGACAGAGACAAUGAAGACAUAAGGAACCGGUUGUUUUAAGUCCCUUGGAUGACGUUUACAAUCAUAAAGCGGUAUUAAAGCUGUAUGAAUGCCUGAUAUGAUGUGUAUUUUACACUUUAUUUAUGCAGAGAAGUGCCUUUUUAUAAGAGCACCGAUGUCGAGCUUCAGAGUGCACUUCACAUUUACAACUCGGCUGUGAAGAGUUGAAUCUCAUCAUGUACAGUUAAGUCUCCUUUCUCGCACUUUUUUUGUGUAAUGUGAAUUUGUCUGUGCUGCAAAGAGGCAGAAAAUACAAUCUGAAUACUUCUCAGGUAUAAUAUGUGGAAUAACUCUGCUGGGGCCACUUGUUUCCAUUCCUUCUUUGUAUUCAUGUCAUGUGUAUGUUAAAGCUGCACUUGCCUUUCUUCCACUUUUUUAAAUUCACUGUCUUUAAAAAGAAUCUACGUAUAUUGUGUAUGAAUAUAUUAAAAAUACAUUUAUUUCUUCAAGUAUAAUUAACUUCAUUUGAUUUUCUUUAAUUUUUCCUCUUAAUGUUCAUCAUAUUUAGAGAACACACUAUUGCCUCGUGGGUUAGUUUUGUUUGUGUGGCAAUAAAUGCGGCUUAUAAUAAAGCAUAUGUGUCACCUUUU